GGGCGGAGGCGGAACCGGAAGUGGCGUGGACGCGCCGGUCUCCAAAAUGGCGGCCCCCUGGCCCUGCUGGCCGGCCGCUCGGAGCGCCGUGUCCGCCGGGCUCCUCGGUGUCCUGUGGCUCGUCUCGGUCGCCACGGGAACUCGAGGCGCCGCCGCUGUCGGGGGCGAGGAGACGCUUAAGUGCGAGGACCUCAAAGUGGGACAAUAUAUCUGUAAAGACCCUGAAAUAAAUGAUGCUACACAAGAACCAGUUAACUGUACAAACUACACAGCUCAUGUUUUGUGUUUUCCAGCACCCAACAUAACUUGUAAGAAUUUAAGUGGCAACGAAACACAUUUUACUGGAAAGGAAGUUGGUUUUUUCAAGCCCAUAUCUUGCCGAAAUGUAAAUGGCUAUUCGUACAAAGUGGCAGUUGCACUGUCUCUGUUUCUUGGAUGGCUGGGAGCAGAUCGAUUUUACCUGGGGUAUCCUGCUUUGGGUUUGUUAAAGUUUUGCACUGUAGGGUUUUGUGGAAUCGGGAGCCUAAUUGACUUCAUUCUUAUUUCAAUGCAGAUUGUCGGACCUUCAGAUGGAAGUAGUUAUAUCAUAGAUUAUUAUGGAACCAGACUGAUAAGACUGAGUAUUACUAACGAAACAUUUAGAAAAACACAGCUAUAUCCAUGAAGAUUGCAAAAAAGAAACAGUAAUUGAGCCUCCUUCAUUUUAAUAGAGAACUUCUAGCGUGUGGAUUUUGAGAUUUCCCUUUUUUCUUCUUCACAUACCACUUGAUGAGUUCUGAUUUUUUGCUGUGGCUAUUUUUGUUUUGUUGAUUUUGUUGAAAAAUGUAUUAUUCUGAGAUUUAUUUAAUAGAACUUUUUUUGAGAGCUGUAUAAUAGUCUUUUUCAGGCUUCUGUCUCUGUGAGAUAGAUAGCUUAUUACUCCAAUAUCCUUUAAUGUCUUUCACAAAGGCAAGUUGCUACUUGUCAUUUCUGUUUCUGAAAAAUAAAAGUAUAACUUGUUCACA